AUGCGACCAGGCCAUAAGAGACGUGUGACGAUGAUGAGCGUAUCUAUCACACUUUCCAACUCUCUUUCUGUGCACCUCUCCAUUUCCACCUCUCUCUGUCUCUUUCCUCUUCCCUCUUCCCACAUCUCUCCUUUGUCACUGCUCUCUCUUUCCACAUCCCUCUCCAUCUCUCUCUCUUUCCAUCGCACUCUCUUUCCAUCUCUCUCUUUCCUCCGCUCUCUCAUUCCCUUCCAUCUCUUCCUCUCUUUUCACCGCUCUCUCUUACCAUCGCUCUCUUUCCACCUUCCUAUUCUUUCCCCAUCUCUCUUUCCACCUCUGUCUUUUCAGAUUUAUUUUUAUGCCUCUCUGUCUUUCCUCCUCUUUUCUUCUCACCUCUCUCUUUAUACCUCUCUCCUUAUAUCUCUCUGUCCUUUCACCUCUCUCUUUCCCCCUCUGUCUUUUCACUUCUUUCUUUCCAUAUCACUCUUUCCUCCUCUCACUUUAUACCUCUCUGUAUUCCCCCUCUUUCUUUCCACAUCUCUCUUCUCAGCUCUCCCUUUCUACCUAUCUCUUUUCACCUUUCUCUUUCCACAUCUCUGUCUUUCUACCUGUCUCUUUCCUCCUCUGUCUUUUUACUUCUCUCUUUCCACAUCACUCUUUCCCCCUUUCACUUUAUACCCCUCUUUCUUACCACAUCUCUCUUCUCAUCUCUCUCUUUCUACCUCUCUCUUUCCACCUUUCUUUUUCCAUCUCUCUGUCUGUCCACCUCUCUCUUUCCACCUCUGUCUUUUCACUUCUCUCUUUCCACAUCUCUCUUUCUACCUUUCCUUUUACACCUCUCUGUCUUUCCCCAUCUUUCAUUCCGCAUCUCUCUUCUCACCUCUUUCUUUCCACAUCUCUUUUUCCACCUUUCUCUUUAUACCUCUCUGUGUCCCUCCCUCUUUCUUACCACAUCUCUCUUCCUACCUCUCUCUUUCUACCUUUCUUUUUCCACCUCUCUGUCUUUCCACCUCAGUUUUUUCACUUCUCUCUUUCCACAUCUCUCUUUCUACCUUUCUCUUUCCAACUCUCUGUCUAUCCCCCCUCUUCCAUUCUGCAUCUCUCUUCUCAUCUCUCUCUCUUUCUACCUCUCUCUUUCCACCUUUCUGUCUUUCCAUCUUUCUCUUCCACCUCUCUCUUUUUCCACCCCUCCCUCUUUCCACCUCUCUAUGA